AUGCCUCGCCUACGUCCACAUUCACAAAGAUCUCCGUCCCAACAAAUUCUCUCCUGUGUCCCGCGAAGUCAUUUUUGUCGGUUUUGGUCAACAUCAUUCCCACUACAUCUUCAUCUCACACACGUUCACUCAUUCGAUCACGCGACGUCACCUUCAACGAAAAUUCCCCAGCCGGACCCCUCAUUCUUCAACAGUUCACUUCCUCAAGCCCUGCCUUCACAUAUCCCUGACGAAAGCCACAAACUUCAACAACCUUCUCCACAACAACAACCUCCUCCUCCACAACAACAACCUUCUCUUCAACAACAACCUUCUCUUCAACAACAACCUUCUCUCCAACAACAACCUCCUCUUCAACAACCUCCUCUUCAACAACCUCCCUCUCCACAACAACAACAACAACCUCCCUCUCCACAACAACAACAACAACCUCCCUCUCCACAACAACAACAACAACCUCCCUCUCCACAACAACAACCUCCCUCUCCACAACAAAUCAUCGAUGAGAUCUUUGCUGCUUUCAAUUCUUCGUCAGUGGAAGUUUCUUUAGGGAAACUCAGAACGCUUGGAAAUCAAAGAGGUGAAAGCAAUCAAGGAAAAUCAUCAAUGAAGCUCACAAACUAA